AUGGCUAACAGUCAAAUAGUGGCGGUUCGCCAAUCAAUUUCAUCAACGGAAGAAGGCGGUAUUGAUCGAGAUCGCAUUGUUGAUGGUCAUCUCGUGCCUGAUGAGUAUUUCUGUCCGAUCUGUCGAUGUCUUCUGUGGAACCCGCGUUCAUGUGCUUCCUGUCAGCAUCUGUUUUGUCAAAAAUGUAUUCGUGCGUGGCUCGAAAAUGAAAAUAGUGAUAAUAAAUGUCCAUUUCGAUGUGAACCAUACGAAGAUCGACGUUGUCCACCAUAUUUUCAUUCUUUGUUAGCCCGUUUAAACAUUCAAUGCCAAAAUUGUCCAUUCGGAUGUACACGAGUUCUGCCCUACAAUUCCCUCGAACAACAUGAAAAUUUUGAAUGUGAAUAUUUUACUCAACGAUGCUCUGAAUGUGAACAACUGGUACUUCUAACGAAAUUCAAUGAACAUCGUGAGAUAUCGGGCUUAUGUGUUCCUCGUCCGAUCAAAUGCACCAUUUGCGGAGGUUACAUAGAAAAGCCUCUCUUCAGAGACCAUUUUCAUGGGUGUUAUCAACUGAAAUUCAACGCGUUAUUCGAACAAACCAAUCGACUCCAAGUUUUACAAACGUCAUCGAACGAUCAGAUAACGUUACUACUCAACAGACAGGCACUCAUUCAAACCAUGAUGGACACCGAUAACUUGUUCGAACAACAACGACAAAUGUCACGUUUACCAACAAAUCUGGCUGGAGUCGAUGCAGUACGACGAGCACGGGAACAGGGAUGCGCACGGCGUUUUUACGCAAGUGCGAUUCAAGCAACGACGACUGUGUAG